CAAUGGGCAGACAAGAUACACUUUUCGUCUGUCAAAAUCGUAGUAUUUAGUGUUCAUUUCUUUACUUACAAUUUCCAUAUUUAUUUUAAUUUUUUUAGUGAAAGUCAAAUCAGUUUGGUUGUUGGGCGCACAAAUGAGGACACUUCUAUUAAGAUAUUUUUUACUGCACUGUUAAUUUAUAUCUGUUUUUCAUUCGUAAUCAAAUGAUUUGGGAUGGGUGAAUGUAGUGUACGUUUUGAUAUUUAGCCUAGUUUUCUAAUGCAUAGGCAAGGAAACGUAGAGAAUUUCUACAGCUCAUGUUGAAUUAUGAAGAAAGUUAAAAACAAGAAGCUUACAUUACUAAACAAUUGUUCAGUCAAUUUGUUUACAAACAUUAAUCAGAGGCAUUCCUGACAGUAUGAGAUAACCACUAGCUAAGAGAUUAAGAACAUCUUUAUAUACGUUUACAGUUUACUUUAAUAAAUACUAUGAACUAUUUAAAUAAUCCAGUUCUGUGGAAAUGGUUAUUUGUGAUAGCAUUAGGAUUGUUAGUGGUCGAGAAUUCAAUAUGUUCAGGAGAAACCAGUCCAUCAAAGUCUAUGACAAAAGAAGAAAAGGAAAACUUAAGAGACGAAGCCAGGGAUAUGUUUUAUCAUGCUUAUCGAGCAUAUAUGGAUAAUGCGUAUCCAGCCGAUGAGCUGAUGCCGCUGAGCUGUUCCGGCAGAUACCGUGGCAGUCACGCCAGCCGGGGCGACAUUGAUGACACAUUGGGAAAUUUUUCGCUUACACUAAUUGAUUCGCUCGACACGUUGGCUGUACUAGGAGAUCUAUCAGAGUUUGAAAAUGCAGUAAAACUUAUUGUUGAAGAUGUUUCAUUCGAUUCAGAUGUUGUUGUGUCUGUCUUUGAGACAAACAUUCGAGUACUUGGUGGUUUGUUGUCUGGGCAUGUUCUUGCUGAGUAUUUCCAAGAGAGAGCAGGAGUUCUGCGCUGGUACCGUGGCCAGCUGCUCACAUUGGCCAAGGAUAUCGGAUACAGACUGUUGCCUGCAUUCAAUACCACCACGGGAAUACCUCAUGCGAGAAUCAACCUGAGGUACGGGCUGAAGACCCAGAAGCUGGAGUGGUCACAGGAGACGUGCACUGCCUGUGCAGGGACGAUGGUGCUGGAAAUGGCAGCCUUGUCUCGUCUCACCGGGGAACCCAUAUUUGAGGACAAGGCACACAGAGCUAUGGACGAGUUGUGGCGGCUGAGACAUCGCAGUUCUGAUCUGAUGGGAACAGUGCUGAAUGUACAGUCGGGGACAUGGGUGAGACGAGACUCUGGCGUGGGGGCUGGGAUAGACUCCUACUACGAGUACUGCCUCAAGGCCUACAUACUGCUGGGAGACGACCGAUACCUGUCACGCUUCAAUAAGCACUACUCUGCUGUGAUGAAAUACAUCAGUCAAGGCCCCAUGUUGCUAGAUGUCCACAUGCAUCGGCCACAUACAAAUUCUCGCAACUUUAUGGACGCUCUGCUUGCAUUUUGGCCUGGCCUGCAGGUCCUAAAAGGCGACCUGAAGCCUGCAGUUGAGACGCAUGAAAUGCUCUACCAGGUGAUGCAGAGGCACAACUUCAUUCCUGAAGCAUUCACAACUGAUUUCCAGGUACACUGGGGUCAGCAUCCGUUGAGGCCAGAGUUCCUAGAAAGCACGUACUUCCUGUGGAGAGCCACCCGUGAUCCUCACUACCUCUACGUAGGUAGAGACAUCUUGAGAGCUCUUCAGACCUUUGCCAGAGUGCCUUGUGGCUACGCUGCAGUGAAGGACGUCCGAACAAACCAUCACGAGGACAGGAUGGACUCGUUUGUGCUGGCAGAGACAUUCAAGUACCUGUACCUGUUAUUUGCCGAGGACAAUGAUUUGUUGCUCAACAUGGAUGAUUUCUUGUUCACAACAGAAGCACAUCUGCUGCCCCUCACGUUGGCCAGGAGUCAGUCCAAUCUGUCUUUUCUUUCAACUGUAGACCCACCACAGGACGACUCAGAGUGGGCUGACCAAUGCCCUAGCAACAUGAGGUUGUUCCCAGCCUCCGUGAGACAACCUUUACGCAACAUGGUCAAGGGCUCUUGUCCCCGAGCCUCAGACACUCGGCAGCGGAAACUCACUGCUUCACAGUUCCAGGCCUCCAACGAGCAGCACAUGAAUCUUGUCAAGGAGAUGGGCAUCACGGUGGAUAUACUGAGUGAUGGAAGGGUACAACUGCUGCAUACAUUCUCCAAUGCCAAGUCAGUGUCAGACGCAGAGGAAGGGCUGUUGUUUAUGCAGGAGAUGAUGGAGCUGUCCAAGUCACAGAAUGUAGACACUCUGCCACAGACUGUGAGGUACACAACUGCAGGAGAGACUGUGGCUCUCAACGCAGGUCCAGCUCACUUUGGCAAACAACUGACUGUCAGUGACCAGGUCAGUGGUAAGGUUGGAGUCGCCAACCCUCUCCGGGCGUGUGAAGCUCUCAAGAAUGCUGACUGGCUGCAAGGACGUGUUGCCAUUGUAGAGCGCGGGGACUGCAUGUUUAUUGAGAAGGCACGCAGGCUACAGCAGGCUGGAGCGCUUGGCUGCAUCGUAGUAGACAACGUGGCCAGUUCAGCAGCCGCUACUUCACCAAUGUUCGCUAUGUCUGGUGACGGCACUGAUGAUGUUGACAUCCCUGUUGUCUUCUUGUUCUCUCAAGAUGCUUGGCAACUUUUGCAAGCUCUGGCCCGAGACCCAACCAUGAUGGUCACUCUCAGUGGAAGCACGUCAGACACUGAUCAGUCAAACACAUCUGCUGACUCUGAAGAUGAAGAUCUUCAAAAAAUUAAAAAGACAAUCCAAGAAUUUCUAUCAACACAAGAACAGCCAAAGAAGUUUGGUAAGCCUGAAGUGACCAUGGUGGAUGUAGGAGAUCUGUUGAAUGGCCAAGACAUGAUCAAGAUAUCCCGUCGCAAUGCCUAUUUGAGCAGCGAAGGUACGGCUAUUGUUCCCCCCACCACUCCUACUCGCGAGACUCUCCGAGCAAUUCUCCUCGAUCUAUUCUCCAAACCUCAGGACGAACGAACCAGCAAAGAGGAUGAAAUCGUUCAAGUGCAAUCAAGAAACCGAAUGGUACUCAAGCAACCGGAUGAACUAUAAAACGUUUCACUCAACCGAAUUUUAUUUUUUUCACGGGACACAGUAUUCUGUCUUAUUGACGUGUCUUUUGUAUUGAAUUUAUCUAUGAAUGAAGGUUUGUGUUGACAAAUCUACAGGGUCUUUUAUGUAUCUGGUCACGGUUAGUUUUUAUAGAAAAAAUGUGUGUAAAUUAUACAUAAUCAUAAUAUAUCUAUUGAAGUGUUUUCACAGAAUGCAUUCCAAAUGUGACCAUGGAACAUGGUUGUUGAAUUACUAUUGCAGAAUAUUUUGUUGAAAUAAAAUUAUUUGAAUAAAUUUGUUUUUUCCUAAAA